CAUUUGUCUUAGCUAUUUCUUUCAUUAUAGAUACUUGUUUUGUACCUUUCGAAAACAGGCACUCUGCCCACGCGAAAAGUCAUCCCUGUCCUCAGCCAAACGACGUCAGUGUUCACUGUAAAUAACCAGUUAUUUUAUUCUGCAAGGGUUUACUGUUGGUGAAUAGUAGUGUACCGGUCUCCAAAUUAGUUUAUUCACAAUCGAUUUUUCCACAUUCGAAUCGGAGUUGGAGGAAAUAAAUAUGGUGGCGACGAGAAGUAGCCGGCUUCGGGAAGCUGAAGUCACCUCGGAUCCGAGUCGGGAAAGUCCAACAGUAGGCCGUAGAUCUGGUUGGCGACACAUUGUGGAUGCGGAGGAAAGGAUAAUUUCGCCCGCCAUAAGAAACCGACAUAGUUCUGUUGGGAACAAGAGACGUAGGCGGGAAGGCCAUUGGCGGUACCAAAAUUCGGAAUGCCGCUUGAAACGGAGAUGCGUUUCGCCAGUCGCAGGUCAAACUUGAUUUAAUCUUUGCAGUUCUUAUGAUUGCAACCCUCGCUUACAUACGGGGAAGCAUAUUCUUGUUUGCUCGUUGUAUUGUUCGUAUUUUAGUGCAUAAUUAGCUAGUUGUAGGUGUAUCGUUGGUGAAUGUGGAUUCUGCAGAGUCAGAUGGUAUGCUGUGCAAUUCCCUCAUUUUUAGUCCUCUUGUAACAUCCACUAUAUUUGUCCCAAAAUGUUCUUACAUCUCGCUAUUACUCUCUCAAUGUUUGUUGUCAAUGGCUACCAGAUAGAUCUUCUAAUGACGGGCACGAAAGUGAGUCAAGUAUGUCUGUCAACGUCUCAGCUUCUGAAGUGGAUGAGACAGUGAAGGAGAUGUUGCCUCAUAGAAUUUUUGCUACGGAUAGGUAUCCAAGGAAGGGGAGGGUUAACUCCUACUCGAAGCCGCAAUAUUUGGUUGACAUCUUAACCAUCUUGGAUGGAACGCCGGAGUUGGAGAUCCUGAUGAAUUCUCCAUUGAGAUCGUUAUUCUCGCUGCCAGUGCGUCGGUGUAGUUUGUCUGGCAAACUUGUGCAUAACAUGCUGUGUAGGCAAAUUGUGACGAAUAAUGCAGAGGAAAUUUGGUUUACGUUUGGUGGACACCCUUUGAGAUUUUCUUUGGAGGAGUUUGAAAAAGUAACUGGCUUGCCAUGUGGACCGUACCCGGACCAGUUAACCAUUGAUUCUAGCCAGCGUCAGGCAGAGGGUGCUGCACCUUUUUUGAAUACUCUGCUUGGAGCUGAGGUGGAUGUUACAAUAGAGGGUAUUGUUAACAUCUUGAAGGCAGAACCUGGUAUGGAUGGUUGGAAAAAACUUCGGCUUGUCUUAAUUGUCAUUGUGGAAGGAAUUUUGAUAUGUGGAACUCAACCAAUACGGCCUGGUUUGGCGUACGUUGAGAUGGUAAAAAAUCUUGACUUUUUCUUGAGUUUUCCAUGGGGUCGCCUUGCAUUUGAGAGGACGGUUCGGAUGCUACAGGUUGGGGACAAAAUUUGUACGCAGUCAACUAUUGUGAAGAAACUGAAACAGAAAUCAUUGGUUGUUCAUGGCUUCCCAAUAGCUAUUUAGUUAAUGAUUUUUGACAGCAUUCCGCUACUACUGCGAUAUCUUCCAUCAUAUGAUGAUGCCCAAACUUUUUCAGAUAGAUUGGUGUCUACUUUACCACCGCUUAAGACCUACCAUACAGAAAACAUUUUAGCCGUGGAAAAUGAUGAUCAGGUUAGCGCCUUCUAAUUUUCUGUACAUAUAUUUCCCUUCUGUCUCAUUAAUACCGUCAUUACCUCUUAUGUUCCAGCUUGAAGUAUUCCAAAAUAUAAAUCUGACUGCGGUGGACAUGUGUGGCUCCAUAUCUGAUGGCUCGUUUAGUGAUCCAAAUGUUAAGUAUAUGUUGAAGCUUAUUCAUGGAGGUUAUUCCUUUAGUAAAGCUGACUGGGUAGGUGGUGAUGAUUCGCUGGAUAAGUUGUGCAUUUGCAAGAAAAAGUCUGACAUGCCCUGUAAUUGUGGGAGUUCGUUUGCGUAUGAUGACAAGGGCAAGUCAGCUGCGGGAACAUGUACUAGCGGUGGUGUCGAUAAUGGAAGUGAAAUUGCAAAAUUGUGGGUAGAGGUUGCAUGGAUGAAGAAACUCCAGUGUUCAUCAAUUGGAAUGUUGAGGGCGUCUAUUGUAUCAGAUAUAUAUUCACUUGUGGGGCUGACAAAGUGUUUGAACUGCAGAAGUUCACCUCGUAUUUGUCAUGCCGAAUAUCCUCUAUCUGUGCGUACUGGCAGUGAAGCGUGUGGGGCACAAGCUGCUGAACUUCUUUAUAGUUGUCACCAAAAUGAUUCUGUUGUUGACGAAGUGCUUCCGCAACCUCCUGAUGCGCAUAAGUUCUAUCUGUCUCCUGAUAAUGUGAGGAUCUUUCUUAUUGUGUAACAAUAUCUUCUCAUUCUUUCAAAUUCAGCUCCUUCCAUAUCCAUGUUGUUAUGUAGAUGCUUUGCUCUUUCUUUUGGUUUAUUAUGUUAACCUAGACAGUGUGGUGGCUUUUGCUUAGGUUCAAAUUUGCACUGGAAAUGUUCAUGCAGAUCUUUUACCAGGACAGGUGGUAAGUGAACUUCUAGUUUUACUAUAUACUAUUGUUCAGUCCAUUGUCAUCGUCAUUGGUUAUACGUCUAUGGCAAGAUAGUUAUAUGCGCUAUAUUUGUUUUGCUGGACUUGUAACCUUGUUACCCUUACAGAAUGUUGUCUUUUUUCAGUGUGACCUUAACUACGCUCACUGUUUCCAUGGUUUGUUUUAUUGUCUAGCCUAAUGAUCUUCUUCUUACUGAGAGUAGUCGAUCUCAAACAGUAUCUCCAUGUAAUGUACUCGUUCCUGCUCCAGCGUUGCAUUGCUGUGAUCGUGUAUCUCAAAAGGUUAGGUUGAAUUGCGUGUUUCUAAUGACCUAUUUCAUGUACUUCUGUUUCAUUCUAUCCUUAUUUCCGUUUUUAAUUAUCACAUUUCAUGCAUCUCUUUUAUGCUUGUUGUUUGUCCUGUUUUUACUACUUUACAGUUUCAGUAAAAAAGUGUUGUUGGUUUUUUUCUUACCAAUCAGUUGCCCCUUCUAUUUUCACACUCCCUUACUAUUAAAUCUGUUUUUCUUCAACUGUCCCCUGUACAGCUCGAUCAAUGCCGUUCCCACCUAAAUCCUAUAGAUUGUACUCUUCCAAUGCAGCUUCUCAGUGACAGGUGUAGGGUGCCACCUCGUAAGAUAUGCAGCGGCAGUCUUACAUUGGGAAAAAAACAUCUACUCAGUAUACCCCUACGAUGCGGUUACAUCCCAUUCCGUCCUCCUCAAACUGAUCUGAUUAGUAGGUUCAAAGAACAGCUCCAUAAAUACCGGAAAUCGUCAUAUGAUAUAGAAGGAUGUGAUGUUGGGAAAACCUUUUUCGCAGAGAUAUACACACCGGAAUGCUGGUUAUUUCGAACUGUCAGUGCUUUCAUAACCUCACUCAUCUUUUCAUACUGUGUGCAACUGAGACCCCUUGUGCAUCUGUUUAAAAAUUUAAAUAUUUUGAAACAAUUUAAACAUUCUUUUUUACCUUGCAUUAGUAGCUUUGAUGCUUAAAAUUUUAUCUCCAUCCAACUUUCCCUUGUUAUGAACAUGUCUUUCCUCUUUUUUGUGUCUCUCAGCAUAUCGACUUCAUGGUUCGCGCGUUCUGGAAUAAAUGUGGCUCUCACCUUGCGUCCUGUAAUAUUGUUGUUCUCGACAGCCUCCUUACGCAGCUACUAUCGGCACAAUAUUGUUCUUUUGUCCAGGCAUGCAGCCCAUCUACUUUUGUUUGGCAUCCUCUCCUCGCUAGCUGUGUUGAGGGAACAUUAGGGGAUCGUUCGGAAAAGACAGGGUGGUUGAAAGAUGUUCACACAGUUUACACACCUAUGAAUUGGGGUAACCGGCACUGGGUUUGUUUGGUAAUCUCGCUUGACACAUGGCAUAUAGACAUACUUGACCCGUUGUUGACAGAGACAUCUGACGUCAAGGUUAGCUCUUUCAUGGCUCCGUUGGUAAGGAUGCUGCCUCAUCUUAUUAUGUCCGCCUGCGAGCCAGAUGAUAUUGAACAUGUGGACUCUACAUUUUUUAGCUACUCGCGUUUGGAUGGUUUAGCGCAGAAUACGCGAGGUGGGGAUUGUGGAGCUUAUGUCAUUAAAUUCAUAGAGAUGCACUGCCACGGAUAUGAAGCCAAUCAUCUUUCCCAUUUCAGCAACUUGAUGGUUGAUAAUUUCCGGAUGGAAUUUGCUCUGGAUGUUUACAAAGACUUUAUCGGAAAAUUACGGGUGCAAUGAGUUCCUGAAUUUUUAGUUUCUAUCUGUCGCUGCUUCUAUAGCUGUGUAUGUCCACACUUUAUUAUCUAUCUCCCCUCACUGUUUCUAUUUCUAGUUAUUGAUGUUUGUAUCCCCUGAAUUUCCUUCACUGCUGUUAACAAUGUCUAUUUAUUUGAACCAAUUUGAACUUUUUCUUAAA